AACCCCACUCUAAUGGAUGCAUCAAGAGACCCAAAGCGAAUUGUGAAGCCUCCAAUGUCAUUUGGGAAGAAAAGAUGGACCGAAAUAGACAAAAAAGUGGCGUUUACGUUUUUCAUUUUGCAUUUUCUUUGCAUUUUUGCACCAUUUCAAAUGAAUCGAGGUGCACUCUCGAUCUGUUUUACCUUAUUUAUUAUCACAGGUCUCUUUGGUAUUACUAUUUCGUAUCAUCGAAAUCUUUCACAUAAAAGUUUCAAAAUUCCUAAAUGGCUUGAAUACUCGUUUUCUUAUUGUGGAGUUCAUGCCUUUCAGGGUGAUCCAAUCAAUUGGGUGAGUACGCAUAGAUAUCAUCAUCAAUUUGUUGAUACUGAACAAGAUCCACAUAGUCCAAUCCAUGGGUUUUGGUUUAGUUACAUUACUUGGUUUCUUUACAAGAGAAAUGGAAGCAUAGGUGAAAUGAUUGGAAGGCAUCGAAAAUUGGAUAAUGCUUGUGAUUUGGAGAAGCAAACUUUCUAUAGGUUUAUUCGCCAAACAUAUGUUCUUCAUCCAAUUGCUCUUGCACUCAUACUCUAUGGCAUUGGAGGCUUUUCUUACUUCAUUUGGGGAACGUGUGUGAGAACUGUAAUGCUUUUACACACGACAUACUUGGUGAAUUCAUUAUGUCAUAUGUGGGGAAAACAACCAUGGAAAACAAAUGAUCUAUCUACAAACAAUUGGUGUAUGAGUUUUCUUGCAUUUGGAGAAGGUUGGCAUAAUAAUCACCAUGCCUUUGAGUAUUCAGCUAGGAUGGGGAUUGAAUGGUGGCAAUAUGACCCUGGCUGGUAUGUUAUUGUGUUUCUUCAAGCCAUUGGAGUGGCUACUCAUGUCAAAUUGCCAUCUGAAACCCAUAAGAAUAAGUUGGCCAAAGAGUAUCUAAAAGAAGCCUUUCUUUAAGUGAUGUUUUAAAUAGAAAUAGUUAUGCUUAUAAAAAAACUGUUUGGUGCUACUAUUAUAAUCAAUCUUUAUGCAACAAUUUACAUUAUGACC